CAGCACAGAGAGAGAGAGAGAGAGAGAGAGAGAGAGUCUAGCCUUUGCUUUGAUUGUUCUUACUUCUUCCUAUGCCUGUUCGUCUCCAUCAUUGGCGACCCAUUUCUUCACAAUUUCGAAUUUUCUUUUCAAAUCCAUUACAUUUUGAACAUUCGAGAGGGGAUAGAGUAGAUGGAAAUGGAGUUUAAAGGUACCCUUUUUGUGGGUCGGGUGUCGUACUUCACCAAACUGUCACAUCCUAGUCCUUUAUGAUUCUUCUUUAUCGCCAAUGGUAUAAAGCAAGAAACUUCGUGAUCUGUCGCUGAACUCCUCGAUCUGGGUCUGCUUUCUCAGUUCUUCUGCUCUUGGAGGAAGAAGAUUAUGGAAUGUACCGUUCUUGCAGAUUUGAGAAAAGCAAAGGAAGAAGUUUGUGUGCAAGUUUUGCAACAAAAGGUACUCAUCCGGGAAGGCCUUGGGUGGGCACAUCAGAACCCACAUGAAUGAGAAUUCAGCUGAAAAAGAAGCAGAAGGUAAUGGAAAGGGAAUGAAGUUUCCAUCUAUGGAUGGCGGAAGCAAGAACAAGAGAGAUUCGGGGUCUGAAACUGGCGGUUGGAAUUCCAGUUACGGUCUUAGAGAGAAGCCCAAGAGAACACGGUGGUUUGUGGAUUCGAGUUCUAGUUCAUUGCAUGAAAGGUUUUGUAAAGAAUGUGGCAAAGGCUUUCAGUCGUUGAAAGCUCUCUGUGGUCACAUGGCUUGUCACUCCGAGAAAGAGAAGAUGAAUGAGAACCAGAAACCCGAAAUUGAUAGUCAAUCAGUUAUCGGGACAUCGGCUUCGGGGAAGCUUAGGAGAUCGAACAGAACGAGGUACAAGACUCUUGAUGAUUACCCUUUGGCCAACGGUUCUUCAUCUGUCUCGGAGAUUGAACAAGAACAAGAAGAGGCGGCUAUGUGUUUGAUGAUGUUCUCAAGGGACUCUGGUUGUAGAGCUGGUUUCAGUUCGGUGGUGGAAUAUUCCAAUAACAAUUCAGUGGUUUUAGAGGCCAAAUCAUCGUCUAUCGAGGUGAAAAUUACAAUGAAGAAUGGUGGGAAUUAUGCAUCUGACAUGAAUCAGUCUGUUAAGCUGAAGAAGCAAAGAGAUGAGUUGAAAACUUCUGAGAUUAGUUUUUCCGAUAAUUCUGAUUCUGGGUAUUUUAAGAAUGGACCCAAAAAGGCUGAAUCAGAUGUUUCUGUGGAUGGAUCUCUUACGAGUGGUGAAUUGAAGAAGCCCAAAGUGGAAUAUAGAUCUGGAGCUGGAGGCUUUAAUGCUGAAUUGGCUAAAACUUCGAACAGAUUCAAUUGUGUGACGUCUGAAUUUGGGGGAUUGCUUAGAAAUGAAGGAUGUGAUCAAGUGGGGAGAGCUUUCGUGGUGGGUAAUUCGAGAAUGAGAACCAAAAAUGGUUCUUAUGCUCAGAAGAGAAAGAAAUAUGAGUGUGAGAAUUGUGACAUGUUCUUCCAUUCUCGUCGGGCUCUAGGAGCGCACAGAGCCAGCCAUACACAGAUCAAUGGGUGCUGGGAGUCCAUGUAUGAUAGGGGCGAAAACAACACAGACACUGAUCAUUCUCUUCCUCUUCCAAAGCAUUGCAGUAAAACCCUCGAGUCUUGCGGUGUCAAAAUCUCAAAUAAUCAAAGCAUCUCUGGCCAUUCUGGGAAGCCAAAGAAAAGCAAAGGGCAUGAGUGCCCAAUCUGCUUCAGAGUUUUCAGGUCGGGACAAGCUUUAGGUGGUCACAAGAGGUCUCAUUUUUACGGAGGUUCUGAAGAAAAAACUAUUAUCAUCGAACAAGAGCUCCCUGAGUUUCCUGGCCUAAUUGAUCUUAAUCUUCCUGCACCCAUCGAGGAAGAGGCAGAUGGACAGGCUGAGUUCAUGCCAUGGGACAACUUUUUCAUGGGGCUCAGGUCAGCUUGCAUCAGGCAGAAUCAAGAAGCACUCGAAGAGAAUCAGCUCUCCUAAUCUGUGAAAUGGGUUGGAGUCAGCUUGCUUGCUUGCUUGCUUGCACGAUCAUUUGAAUCGAGGAACAGCUGUGAAGGAGAAACUCUCACGCAAGCAAGGUGCUGCUGAUUAAAGUGGGUUUUGAAUAUGGGUUUGUCCUCGUUGCUCUCAAAAAUUCAGAAACUAUAUGGGAAAAGAAGACAAGCAAUUUAAUAAAGGGACUUUUUAAUGGGUCUGCCAUUAUGCAGCAAUGUCCAAGUCCAUUGCCAUUUCGACGAAAGUGCUGCUGCUGCAGCUGCUGGGACUAAACAGUUUUUUUAAAAGACUUUUUAACUUUAUAUCCAAUCAGCUCCAAGGCGUAAUACGGCUUCGCUUGAAGUACACCGACAUGUUACUUCGACAUGUACGUGGGGUUAUACUUUAUUGUCUGCGGUGGGAGAGCCAUUGGAAUUACACUCAUUUUUCUUUUUCUUUGCCACUUAUCCCCCCAAGCUUUAGCCAUUUGGAAAUUGGAAUGCCCCUU